UCAGACCUGCAGACCCCGCGAGGAGUCAUGGUCAUGGCUUCCCGGCGCUGUGUGCUGGCAGUCCUGCUGCUGCAGCUCUGCUGCUCUGGUGGGCUCGGCGGGAAGGUCCUCGUGUGGCCCUGUGACAUGAGCCACUGGCUCAACACCAAGUGCAUCCUGGAGGAGCUCACCAGGAGGGGCCAUGAAGUGACGGUGCUGACCCAGCCCCAGACCACUCUCCUUGAUUACCAGGCACCUUCUCCACUAAAAUUUGAGGUGGUCCCUAUGCCAUCUGACAAAAUGUACUUUGAAAAUCCAAAAAAAAAAUUUCCAGACCUAGUUGCUAAUGUUUUGCCAGCCUUACCUUCCUGGCAAUCAGUAAUAAAAACGAAUGAUUUCCUUAUUGAAAUGAAGGGACAUUUUAAACUUGUGUGUGAGAGUGUUGUCUACAAUCAGACACUGAUGAAAAAGCUGCAGGAAUCCAACUACAAUGUAAUGGUGAUCGACCCCACGCUGCCAUGUGGGGACCUGGUGGCUGAAUUGCUUGGAGUGCCCUUUGUGCUCACACUUAGAGCGUCUUUGGGAGGCAAUAUGGAGAGAGUGUGUGGAAAACUCCCAGUUCCACUUUCCUAUGUGCCUGUCCCUAUGAUAGGACUAACUGACAGAAUGACUUUUCUGGAAAGAGUGAAAAAUACAAUGCUUUCGGUUUUCUUCGACUUCUGGAUCCAGGAUUAUGACUUUCAUUUUUGGAAACAGUUUUACAGUGAAGUAUUAGUAAAUUCUUUUUUACUCUUCAUGAUAUUGUACCUCUGUAAUGCCAAAAUCAUUUUUUCUCUGCAGGAAAUGGAAGAAUUUGUCCAGAGCUCAGGUGAACAUGGUAUUGUGGUGUUUUCUCUGGGGUCAAUUGUCCAAAAUCUUACAGAAGAAAAAAGUAAUCUCAUUGCUUCAGCCUUGGCCCAGAUUCCACAGAAGGUUUUGUGGCGACACAAAGGGAAGAAGCCAGCCACAUUAGGAGCCAAUACUCAGCUCUAUGAUUGGAUACCCCAGAAUGACCUUCUCGGUCAUCCAAAAACCAAAGCUUUCAUCACCCAUGGUGGAAUGAAUGGGGUCUAUGAAGCUAUUUAUCAUGGGGUCCCCAUGGUGGGAAUUCCACUAUGUGUUGAUCAGCCUGAUAACAUUGCUCGCAUGAAGGCCAAAGGUGCAGCCGUGGAGGUGAACUUGAACACAAUGACGAGUGCAGAUUUGCUCAGGGCUUUGCGAACAGUCAUUAAUGACCCUUCUUAUAAGGAGAAUGCUAUGAAAUUAUCAGAAAUUCACCAUGACCAGCCAGUGAAGCCCCUGGAUCGAGCGGUCUUCUGGAUCGAGUUCGUCAUGCGCCACGGAGGAGCCCAGCACCUGCGGGCUGCAGUCCACGACCUCAGCUGGGCCCAGUACCACUCCCUGGAUGUGAUUGGCUUCCUGCUGGCCUUCAUGGCAGCUGUGAUGCUCAUCCUCACAAAGUGCUGUCUGUUCUGUUGCCGGAAGUUUGCUACCCCAAGGAAGAAGGGGAAGCAGGAGUAGCUGGGUCCUGGAACUGGAGCUGGGAUCCAUAAAACACCUUUUCCUUCGCAGCAGGGAAGCAAUUACAAUCAAAUUGGUCCAGGUUAACACA